AUGCCGGACGCCAAGGACCAGGUUCCCGUCGAGGAAGACGAGGUCGUCUCCGAGGAGACCAACGUCAAUGCCCAGGCCGAGGACGAGCAGGUGGCCACCAAGAGCGAGGUGAAUCAGCUCAAGUCAGAGGCUGCUGACCUUGACGAGAGCAACAUCAUCGACGACUCGCCCGGCGUCACUACCCGCGGCGCAAAGGUCGAUGCUACCAAGCAGGAGCGCGAGAUCGACGCGGCCGUCGACGCUGCUGCCAAGGCCGACGAGCAGAGCUAG